ACCAAUACAAGCUAUAGAUCAGGACCGCAACAUCCAGCCUGCUUCUGAUCGCCCAGGAAUUCUCUAUUCCAUCUUAGUUGGGACUCCUGAGGAUUACUCCCAGUAUUUCAGUAUGAAUGUUACCACUGCUGUACUCAGCCUCCUAAAGCCAAUAAACAGGGACUUUCAUCAGAAAUUUGAUUUGGUUAUUAAGGCUGAACAAGACAAUGGCCAUCCUCUUCCAGCAUUUGCUAAUCUCCAUAUUGAAGUUUUAGAUGAAAACAAUCAGAAACCUUUCUUCACCGAAUCAACAUAUGAAGGCUUUAUUUCAGAAUCUUCCCCUGUUGGUACAACUAUUUCUGAUAACCAGAACCUGACAUCUCCACUGCAGAUCAUAGCUUUAGAUAAUGAUGUUGAAGAGACAAAGGACCCGCUGCUCCAUCUGUUUCUAAAUGACUACAAUACAUUUUUCACUGUGACUCAGAAUGGAAUAACCCGCUACCUCACCUUACUUCAGCCAGUUGACAGAGAGCUUCAGCAGUUGUACACAUUUUCGGUUACAGCUUCCGAUGGUGUGCAAGAAAGCUUACCGGUCACAGUCAAUAUUUUUGUGCUUGAUGCAAAUGAUAAUUCUCCAACCUUCUCAAACAUAUCAUACAGUGUGAAGAUCUACACAGAUAUGAGGCCUGGAGAUAGUGUUAUCAAGCUUACUGCCAUGGAUGCAGAUGAAGGUCCAAAUGGGCAGAUUAGAUAUGAAAUCUUGGCUGGUGAUCAGGGAGACUUCAUAAUCAACGAUAAGACAGGCCUUAUCACCAUUGCACCAGGAAUUACGUUGGUAGUAGGUCGGUCCUAUGCCCUCACUGUCAAAGCAUCUGACAGUGCUCCACUUGCACAGAGAAGGAGUUCCAUCACUACUGUUUACAUCGAGGUUCUUCCUCCUAACAAUCAAAGCCCACCCCGCUUCCCUCAGCAGAUGUACAGUCUUGAACUCAGUGAGGCCAUGAGAAUUGGUGCCAUUUUGCUAAAUUUGCAGGCAACUGAUCGGGAGGGUGACCCUAUAAAAUACAUCAUACAAAAUGGAGACCCCCAACGAGUAUUUAAUCUUUCUCAAACAUCCGGGCUGCUAGCCUUAGGAAAGCCUUUAGACAGAGAAAGCACCGAUCGCUACAUUUUGAUUGUUACAGCCUCAGAUGGGCGACCAGAUGGGACAUCAACUGCUACAGUGAAUGUGGUUGUAACAGAUGUAAAUGAUAAUGGGCCAGUCUUUGAUCCCUUUCUUCCAAAAAAUUUUACAGUACAAGAAGAAGAAACCAAUGCAUUUGUGGGUCAAGUGAGGGCUACUGACCCGGAUGCUGGAGUAAAUGGCCAAGUCCAUUACAGUUUAGCAAACUUUAAUAAUCUUUUUCGUAUAACAUCCAAUGGCAGUAUUUAUACUUCAGUGAAACUAAACAGAGAAAAAAAAGAUUAUUAUGAACUCAUUGCUGAAGCAACAGAUGGAGCCGUGGAUGCACGUCGUACAACAUUAACUCUGGGAAUCAAAGUCCUGGAUAUUGAUGACAACAGCCCUGUAUUCACAAAUGCCUCCUACACUGUUUCAAUUCCUGAAAGCCUGGCCCCAGGCACUGUAUUUCUUCAUUUAGAGGCUAAAGACACUGACCUUGGUUCCAAUAUUACCUAUGGAAUACGAACUCAGGAACCACUCCAGUUUUUUGCACUGAACAAGGUUACAGGAGAAUUGUCACUUUUAAAGUCCUUGGAUUUUGAGUCCUUUUCUGGCACAGAAGCAACCUUCACUUUUUUAGUGGAAGCCUUCGAUAUUGGAGGAGCAAUGCCUCCAGGCCUUGCUACUGUUACUGUGAGAAUAAGGGAUAUGAAUGAUUACUCCCCAAUAUUUAGCAAAACUCUGUACAGAGGCAUGGUUGCUCCCGAUGCAAUCAAGGGCACCAUUAUUACAACAGUGGAAGCAGAGGAUCAGGACCCGCCGGGGACACCAGCAAGUCAUGUACGAUAUAAAGUAGAUGUUGUCCAGUUUCCAUACAGUGCAAGUAUCUUUGAUGUUGAAGAAGAAUCUGGACGUGUAGUAACCCGAGUGAAUCUUAAUGAAGAACCUAGUUCAUUAUUUAAGCUUGUGGUCAUUGCCUAUGAUGAUGGUGAUCCUGUGAAGUUUAAUACCACCACUGUAGAAAUUUCCGUAUUGCAACCCUCAGUAAUUCCACGGUUUACCCAGGAUGAGUACAGGCCCCCACCUGUGCGUGAAGGUGCCCCCAAAGGAACCCAAGUUGUUGCGGUAACAGCUGCUGCCUUGAAUCAAACGAUUGUCUAUUCCAUUGUUUCAGGGAAUGAAGAUGGCGUGUUUGCUAUUAACAACAGAACAGGUGUUAUCUCUAUUCAAAAAUCUCUGGAUUAUGAAACUGCAAAAAACUAUUUGCUUCGGGUUCAAGCAGAUUCUUUGAUAGUAGUCCGUUCUAAUUUGCCAGUGCCAUCCAAAAGCAAUACUGCUAAGAUAUUCAUUGAGGUUCAGGAUGAAAAUGAUCAUGCUCCUGUCUUCACAAAAAGACUUUAUAUAGGAGGUGUCUCUGAAGAUGCUAGAAUGUUUUCUUCUGUGAUCAAAGUGAAGGCCCAUGAUAAAGAUACUGGCAACUAUAGCGCCAUGCAAUAUAGACUCAUCAUUCCUCCAAUCAAAGAUGGCAAGGAAGGGUUUGUGAUUGAGCCAUAUACAGGGCUUAUCAAAACAGCAAUGCUCUUCAAAAACAUGCGGCGAUCUUAUUUCAAGUUUCAGGUCAUUGCAACUGACAAUUUUGGAAAAGGGUUGAGCAACAAAUCAGAUGUACUUGUCUCAGUAGUCAACCAGCUGGAUAUGCAAGUCAUCGUCUCAAAUGUUCCUCCUACUCUUGUAGAACAAAACAAAGAACAGCUUAUAGGGAUUUUGGAACGUUACGUUCAAGACCAGAUUCCUGGCGCAAAAGUCGUGGUAGAAUCCAUUGGUGCUCGCAGAUAUGGUGAUGGAUAUUCCGAAGAAGAUUAUUCCAAAUCUGACCUCAUGAUCUAUGCAAUCGAUCCUCAGACAAACCGUGCCAUAAUGAGGAAUGAGCUUUUCAAAUUUCUGGAUGGUAAGCUUCUGGAUAUCAACAAAGAAUUUCAGCCAUACCUUGGGCAAGGCGGCCGUAUUUUGGAGAUCCGAACUCCAGAUGUGGUGGCCAAUGUCAAAAAGCAGGCACAAGCUGUGGGCUACACAGAAGGAGCUUUGCUGGCUCUGGCUGUCAUCAUCAUCCUCUGCUGCAUGCCUGCUAUUUUAAUAGUCAUGGUCAGCUAUAGACAAUUUAAAGAGAGACAAGCUGAAUGUGCAAAGACAGCUCGUAUCCAGAUGGCCCUACCAGCUGGCAAGUCAGCAAGCAUUCCUGCCAAUAAUCUCUAUGAAGAACUCGGUGACAGCACCAUACGUGGAUAUGCACAGCAAGAGCAAUUGCUAAGACCUUCUCUUCUCAGACCUGAGGAACUCUCAAUGGAAUCAGGUAUCGAUCCUGGCCAAGAGUAUUACGGGCAAGAUUACUACAGUUAUGAACAUGGGUACGAAUUGCCUCAAUAUGGAAGUCGGCGGCGUCUGUUGUCUCCUUCUGGCAUGUAUGAUGAAUAUGGUGAAGUGGUUGUGGAGAGCGAUGGUGGAUAUUAUUAUAGUCCACAGGGGACUUCGACAGAAGCAGAGUGGGCAAAAAAGAAAAGGAUCAAGUUGGUCCUCGAUCCUGAAUAUGAGACCAGCUCCACCGGAGAGGACAGUGCCCCAGAAAGCCAGAGGAACCGUCUCAGCAACCCCAAUAUUCAAGCCAAUAUCAAUGGCAAUAUCUACAUAGCCCAAAAUGGGUCAGUUAUUAGAACCCGUCGAAGUUGCCUUUCGAACAAUUUGAAGGUCACAUCUCCUGCAAGACUGGGAAAACAAUUCAAGAAACUUGAUAAGUUAGGAGUAACACACGAGGAAAACAUACCACUGAACACAUUUCCAACAGGGGCAUCAUGUAACGAGAAACUGAACACCAGACCCUGUAGUGUUUCCUUUGCUGCCUCUGCUGUGGACACGGACAACAUAGCAACAAAAGCAGGGGGAAGCAGAUUGAAAAGCACAGAACAGCAAGAGUCCAUUCUUGAUCAUGAAGGUAUCAAAGAGGCUUUGGAGUUGCCCAGUGAUCAUGCACAGUCAGAUGAUGAGGAACUCUGGAUGGGUCCUUGGAACAACCUUCACAUACCAAUGACAAAACUGUGACCUCUCUUUUUCAUUUCAAUUUUUAUUCCCAUUUAUAAUAGUUAUAAUAAUAAUAAAACCAC